AUGGCUUCCAACGGUACCAAUGGCGCCUCCGCCUCCAACAGCUUCACUGUGAAGGCCGGUUUGGCUCAGAUGCUGAAGGGUGGUGUGAUUAUGGACGUCGUCAACGCGGAGCAGGCCCGCAUUGCGGAGGAGGCCGGUGCCGCUGCCGUGAUGGCCCUGGAGAGAGUCCCCGCCGACAUCAGAGCCCAGGGUGGCGUUGCCCGCAUGUCCGACCCCAGCAUGAUCAAGGAGAUCAUGGCUGCUGUCACCAUUCCUGUCAUGGCCAAGGCUCGUAUCGGACACUUUGUUGAGUGCCAGAUCCUCGAAGCCAUUGGCGUUGACUACAUCGACGAGUCCGAAGUCCUUACCCCUGCCGAUGAUGUUUACCACGUGAAGAAGCACGACUACAAGGUUCCUUUCGUCUGUGGUUGCCGCAACCUGGGUGAGGCCCUCCGUCGUAUCGCCGAGGGUGCCGCUAUGAUCCGUACUAAGGGUGAGGCCGGCACCGGAGACGUUGUUGAAGCCGUCAAGCACAUGCGCACGGUCAACUCCCAGAUCGCCCGCGCCCGCUCCAUCCUCCAGAACUCCACCGACCCCGAGAUUGAGCUCCGUGCCUACGCUCGUGAGCUUGAGGUCCCUUAUGAGCUUCUGCGUGAGACCGCCGAGAAGGGCCGUCUUCCCGUUGUUAACUUCGCUGCCGGCGGUGUUGCCACUCCCGCUGAUGCCGCACUCAUGAUGCAGCUGGGCUGCGACGGAGUGUUCGUCGGCUCCGGUAUCUUCAAGUCUGGUGAUGCGAAGAAGCGCGCCAAGGCUAUCGUCCAGGCCGUGACUCACUACAAGGACCCCAAGGUCCUCGCCGAAGUCAGCGAGGGUUUGGGUGAGGCCAUGGUUGGUAUCAAUGUCUCUCAGAUGCCUGAGGCCGACCGAUUGGCCAAGAGAGGAUGGUAA